AUGGUUUGCCCCGUCCGACCGGCGUCCCUCUUGCUGGGCGUAGGACUCGUACUGCUGUCCCCUGUCGAGUGCUCCCGCGCCAGGCGCAGGCAUCAUCCCACUCCGGCCGCGUACGCCAACAGCGGAGACAACCCCUCCCUGGUAACUCCGCAGCAGGGACUGAUCCGCGAGGAGUCCUCGAUUCCUGGCGUGUCGAUUUGGACUUCGAGAAGGGCAGCAGCAGCGUCAGCUUCCGCGCGAAGACGGAGAGCUUCUUCCUCCUCUGCAGAUCCCUCGUCAAGUGCCUCGUCGUACUGCUACAGCAAUGCUGAACCAGCUGGGUUUCCUGGCGAAUGCCAGGACGGGCGUGGGGGCAUCGGAGACGCAGACGUAGAGCCGCCGUCCAGGGGCGCAAGGGAAGAAGCCAGGGAAGACCUCGGCGAGGAUGAGUACGAAGGGGUGUUGACCACGGAGGAAGAGGAAGACGAGCACGCCAACGAGGACGCUCCCCCCGGGAGGCUUUUGGAGGAGGGGGGGGGGUCGGACUCUCAGGAGGAUGACACGGACGAUUCGGAGGACCGCUCCGAGGACGGACACGAUGACGACGACGACGAAGAUGGCGACGACAGCUAUGACGACGGGAGCUACGACUCCCACGAAGAAGAGAUGGAGGCGUCUCUCAUGGGCGAUGAAGUUCGUAGCGGCAGCAGCGGCGGCGUGGCGGGGUCGUCCAUGUCACGGGAGAGCAGCGAGGCGAGGAGCCGGAGGGGGAGGGGCCGGGGCGGCGGCGAGAUUUCCGCUCUCGCGAACAAGUACGAGGACGAUGAGGAGGCGUGCUUCACGAGGGUCAAGGAGCUGUGGCACGACCGGGUGUUGCUGCCGCUGUCCCAGGCAGAAGUCGCAGAGCUAUCGGAGGGCGUGCGAGCGGACCAGAAGAAGCUCAUGGAGGCCGCCCCCACCGAGUGGAACUCCGGGCCCGGCCGAACGGCGAAAGAAGCGGCGCUGGCGGCGGCGAAGAAGGGGGCGGGGCGACGCAGAGACAGCGGAGAGGACGAGAUGGCGCAACCGGCGGCGGUGAACGACAGGCCGGGGGGGGGCGGGGAAGCGGGGUCAGGGGUGGUGGUCGACGAUGAGUCGUCGCUGGGGCUGCUGUACCGGCUGCUGCUGGCGGAGAUGCAGGGGAACGGGUCCUCCGGGGGGCUGAACAACCGCUGGAUUGACCGCGACGCGCUCUUGCAGCUAAGAGGCGCCGCAACGCUCGCCCACCACCCCAAGUACCUCCGCCACACCGCCAACCUCCCGAGAGUCACUCGUGGCGUGAGGCUCGUGGCGCCUGAGGCCACGCACAGCAUGCAGGAGGCCCUCGCCCGUUCGCUGGGCCACAGCACGGGCAGCAGGUUGUUGUUCCUGGACGCGAAGGCGAUAGAGGCUGUUCGAGGGCAGGCUCUUGCGGAGGGCAUCCCAAAGGAGCACCUCACGUCGAGGCAGCUCGCGUCCGCCCUGCUUGAGCUGGCAGGAGAGGACGACUCGCCCUACCUGGUGUUCCUCAUGGACAAGGGCAGCGCCGUGCUCAAGAGCAGGGGCAUGUGCCAGAGGUUGACCGAAGAGUUGAAGAACGAGUCGUCUCGGGUGCUGUUCCUGCUGUCCACCGCGAGCGAUCCCUCCUUGCCGGGAAACCCACCGGCCGGACCUGGCGACGACGCCAGUUCACAGGACGACCCCCAGCAGGGUGGUGGCGGCAUGUUCGGAUCGCCACUUCAGUGGCCUCCCCAGCCCCACGGCAUGUCUCCGGGACAGUCCAAGCGCUCGGACGGCUCGCCAAAGAAGAACUACAUCUUCCUGCACCAGAACCAGCCCGGUGGUGGGGCACCGGACGGGAGCGGCGGCGGCGGCGGUGGCGGUGGCGGCGGCAGCUUCUUCGGGGGACGUCCCAACCGGGGAGGCCGUGGGGGCGGCGGCGGCGGCGGCGGGCGGUCCGGGGGCAGGGGGCAGCCGCAGCCGGGGCAGCAAGGGUUUGGGGAGGGGGGGGGCAGGGGGAUGCCGGGCGGGGGUCCCGGCGGGCCCCCCAUCCCGCCGCAGAUGCUAGAGCAGAUGCUUAGGGAGGCGAUGAAGAACAUGAGAUCCGGGGAUACCGGCAAGGGCGACGGGGCGGGGCGGAACGGAAGCGGCGGCGGCGAGGGUGGCAACGGCAGCGGGGAGAUCCCUCCGGGGCUGAUGGAGGCUCUGGGAGAGGCGCUCAACGACGAUGAGUUCAAGAGGACGCUGGAGCAGAUCGGGAAGCAGCUCGGGAAAGAUCAGGGACAGGGAUUCUCCAUCAUGUUCAGCGCUAGCACCACCCCGCUCAACGGGGGCGACGGCAACAACAACGGAGGAGACGGGGGCGACAACGGGAACAGUAACGCCUCCGCCGGGGAAUCGGGGGGUGACGGGGACGCGUCUCACUCCUGGGGGGGGGGAGGGGGCGGGGGCCCCGGAGAUGACAGGGGGGGUAGCGGUGGCAACAACUGGCAGAGCUCGUCUUCCUUGUCGUGGCUUACCAACCUCAGGAAGGGUAUCAUGAGCGGAGACGAAAUGGGCAACGGUGUCGAAGGCAACGAUGACUUUGGCAUGGACAACCAAGACGGCUCCGGCGUAGGGCCCAACACCGGGGGAAGCGGUAGCGGCAGCGCGGGGGGAGGGGGGGACGGGGGCGGCGGCGGUGGGCGAAGCAAGGCCGACACCCGGCGGGGGGUAGACCUUCCCCCGUCUGGAACGGAGAUCAGGGCCUUCGUCAACCUGUUUGAGGACAUCGCUGUCAACCCUCCGCAGGACGCCGUGCUGCGGCAGCACUGGGACACGUGGGUGAAGGAGGACGUGGGCAAGCACAACGCGCAGCAGAACAGACAGGAAGUUGGUCGUCGCCCUACGUUGCACAUGAUUGUGGGAGCGGUCUCCGCCUUGCUGUCAUCGUGGACGAAGCUGCCGGAGUACCGUAUGAAGCUGGCUUCUUACCGAUGCGGGGGAGCUUGA